CGAGGAGGCAGGACGUGCGCGUGACCACUCAACUGCCCGAGCCUGUGGCCGAGAGGGCGGGGCGGGACAGGGACAGAGCCCCGACACCUAGGCCUGCUGGGGAGGGGCCGAAAGAAGGGGAGGUGAUGCUCCUUUCCUAGGGAAGGGGCGGGGCGAGGUGCGCCGAUAGCGUGAGCUCGGGGGACUCGCCCGCCGCUACCAAGCCUAGCUGCUCUGUCCUUUUCUCUUGUCGUCCACACCUACACCAGCACCGCCGCCGCUCGGUCGCCGUUUGUGGGUUAUGGCGGCGGCGGCAGCGGGGGCCGUGAAUGAAUUCUCCGGGCGGCAGAGGAAAGAAGAAAGGCUCCGGCAGCGCCGCGCCCGCUGGGCCUCCGCCCCCCUGCGCGGGCCCCGCCCCUCCCGCGGCCGCCGGCCCGUCCCCGCAUAAGCGGAACCUGUGCUACUUCUCGUGCCCGUUGCUGGCCACCUUCGCGCUGCUCCGCUUCGUCGCCUUCCACCUGGGGCUCCUCUUCGUGUGGCUCUGCCAGCGCUUCUCCCGCGCCCUCAUGGCCGCCAAGAGGAGCACCCGGGCGGCGGCCACGGCGGCCACCGGGCCGGGGGCGACGGCGGCGGCCUCGGCCCCGGCCCCGCAGCCCGUGCCGGCGGGCGGGGAGGCCGAACGAGUGCGCGCCUUCCACAAGCAGGCCUUCGAGUACAUAUCCUUCGCCCUGCGCAUAGACGAGGACGAGAAAGCAGGACAAAAGGAUCAAGCUGUGGAAUGGUAUAAGAAAGGAAUCGAAGAGCUAGAGAAAGGAAUAGCUGUUGUAGUCUCAGGACAAGGUGAUCAGUGUGAUCGAGCUAGGCGCCUUCAAGCUAAAAUGAUGACUAAUUUGGUCAUGGCCAAGGACCGUUUACAACUUUUAGAAAGUGGAGCUGUUCCCAAAAGAAAGGACCCAUUAACACACACUAGUAAUUCACUUCCUCGGUCAAAAGCAGUUGCAAAAACUGCAUCCACAGGUCUUUCAGGUCACCACAGAGCACCCAGUUGUAGUGGGCUAUCCAUGCUUUCUUCAGCUAGACAGGGGACUGUCCCUGCAACUACAUCUCAUAAGGGCACUCCCAAAACUAAUAGGACAAAUAAGCCUUCAACCCCUAUGACUGCUGCUCGAAAAAAGAAAGACUUGAAGAAUUUUAGGAAUGUGGACAGUAAUCUUGCUAAUCUUAUUAUGAAUGAAAUUGUUGAUAAUGGAACAGCUGUCAAAUUUGAUGAUAUAGCUGGACAAGAGUUAGCAAAGCAAGCAUUACAAGAAAUUGUUAUUCUUCCUUCUCUUAGGCCUGAGUUAUUCACAGGACUUAGAGCCCCAGCUCGAGGAUUAUUGUUAUUUGGCCCACCUGGAAAUGGAAAAACUAUGCUGGCCAAAGCAGUAGCUGCAGAGUCCAAUGCAACUUUCUUUAAUAUAAGUGCUGCAAGUUUAACCUCAAAAUAUGUAGGUGAAGGAGAGAAAUUAGUAAGAGCUCUUUUUGCCGUGGCUAGAGAACUUCAACCUUCUAUAAUUUUCAUAGAUGAAGUUGAUAGUCUUUUAUGUGAAAGAAGAGAAGGAGAACAUGAUGCUAGUAGACGUUUAAAAACUGAGUUUUUAAUAGAAUUUGAUGGUGUACAGUCUGCUGGAGAUGACAGAGUCCUUGUAAUGGGUGCAACUAAUAGGCCACAAGAGCUUGAUGAGGCUGUUCUUAGGCGUUUCAUCAAACGAGUGUAUGUGUCUUUACCAAAUGAGGAGACUAGACUGCUUUUACUAAAAAAUCUAUUAAGCAAACAAGGAAGCCCAUUGACCCAAAAAGAGCUAGCUCAGCUAGCUAGAAUGACUGAAGGAUACUCAGGAAGUGAUUUAACAGCACUUGCAAAAGAUGCAGCCCUGGGUCCCAUACGAGAACUGAAACCAGAACAAGUGAAGAAUAUGUCUGCCAGUGAGAUGAGAAAUAUUCGAUUAUCUGAUUUCACUGAAUCCUUGAAAAAGAUAAAGCGUAGUGUGAGCCCCCAAACCCUAGAAGCAUACAUCCGUUGGAACAAGGACUUUGGAGAUACAACAGUUUAAAGAAGUACUUGUGUGAAACUGAGGAGAUUAUGUUUACCUGCCAAGGGGAAAAAAAACAUUUGUGAAAGCAGCUGGUUUAAACUGCUGAAAUUCGGCUUGAGUUUAUGGGAUCUUACAGAUUCUCACAACUAUUUGUGCACUAAACUUGAAACUGAACCAGAAAGCAAAUUUGAAUAAAAACAUACAAUGUGAAUAGAAUACUUUUGCUGUUUAAGGCAUCUUUGCCUUUAUAGUCAGGGUUUCUUUGCUGGGUACUGUAAAUUAGAGCACAAUAAAAAGUGAUUAAGAUCUUCUAGCAGUUUAAUCAUGGUGUGAAUAAUAAUUUGUAUAUGUUGUUACAGAUGAAAGUAUUCCGGAGACACAAAUAGUAAAAGGCAUAGGCCCCUUUCUUUGGUCCUGUGUCUUCUCACUUUUUUCCUCAUAACAUACUUUUUUCAUUCCCCUAUCCAACAGUUGUCUUAACUAUAACAUCUAAUUAGAAUGCCAAAUGCUGUAAGUUUAUUUUAUUUUUCAAAAUUCAAUCCAGUGUGCCAAAUGAACUUUUUCCCUAUGCAACAAGAAUAGGAAAAAACAUUCUCAAUAUUAGAGGUUAUUUAGUUGCAUAAAUCUGUAAAUAUAUUAUUAAGCACUUGGGACUUUUUUACCCCUUAUAUUUUUUCCUGCUAUAUUGCUACCAAAUGAUCAGUUUGACAGCAGCAAAAUUCCAGCAAAACUAAGUAGUAACUUAAUUUUUUACACAUCUUAUAGCCCAAUUCACAUUUGGAGUACAAUAUUUUUUUUUCCUUUUAAUAUAUUUGUAAAGAAUCAACAACCGUGCUUUUCCUUGGUCCUAAUUUGUUUCUCCUGAAAUCGUUUUUGUUUUUUUUGUUUUGUUUUUUUUUUGUUUUGUUUUGUUUUUUUAAGAGCCAACAUUAACUACUGUUACACUGGUUUAGAAGGAGGAAAAAAGGGGGUAAGUUAUUAACUUAAACAUUUCUAAUUUUUUGCUUCUUUCAGACUGUUUACAGGAAUACUUAUAAGCCAGCAAAACUACCAUCCUUAAUUCUUACUAGUGAUUAAUCUAUUGAACCAAGCUUUAAAAUAAAAGGUAUUGGAUUUUUUUAUACAUUGCAUACAGUAACAUUUUAUAGGUUUCAUGUGCUCACUUUGUAUGCUAAAAGUCUUAGACCCAGCUAAUCUGCUUUUUUAAAAAUAUAUGUAACUGUUUCUUGUUUGUAUAAAUAUGCCUGAAUUUUUAAUUAUGAAAAUGAAAUUGUAGUAAAUAGAAACUCUUAAAUCAUCAUCUAUUAAAUAUUGUAAUAAAGGGAAAUGGAUAUUUGCCCUUAGUUUACUUGUUAAAAUUUUGUUUACAGCAUUAUCUGUGGUGCUUAUAUGCUAUUGUUACAACUGGAGAGAAUAAAUUUGUAGUAAGAAGUA